GGCUGUGAGGCGUGCGGCCUUUCCUCGACAUGAACAGUGUGGGCUCUGAGUGUGUGGAGCUGAAGCGCGGCUACGACCUGUGCUUCAACCGCUGGUUUGCCGAGAAAUUCCUGAAGGGAGACCGCAGCCCGGAUCCGUGCAGCGAGCUCUUCAAACAGUAUCAGCAGUGUGUGAAGAAAGCUAUCAAAGAAAAAGAAAUCCCAAUUGAAGGACUUGAAUUCAUGGGACCCAAGCGGGAAAAACCUUAUGGAAGCAGUGGCUCAUCAUGAUGUGACAAUGGCAGUGGAUCCUUCCGUCCUAAAUUUCUUUUUCUCGUCAUAUCCAUGUGACUGUAGUAAUGUCCUCCCUGCAACAAAGUGUCAGUGAUAUGUAGAUAUCAGCUGCAGAGAUCAGGAUUUGAUAGAAUAAUAUUGAUUUCUGUAGCCAUUGUUGAGACAAUAUCAAAAAAUGACAGCAGUCAUAAUUUACAGUAGUGAUCUUGUGCAAUACAAAGAAGUUGAAUUAAUUUUGUAUUUCCCUUUUUAAAGUUUUCUAAGGUUUGUGGAUUGCAUUGUUGACAUAAAUGUAGAGAUGCAACCUGAGUGUGAAUAUGCUGCUUUGAGUGUAAACAAAAAAUCGAUGCUUGCCUCAUGCAACUGAGUGCAUUACAUAUAUAUACUGUACAAAGUAACAUUUUAUACCAAAGUUAUACAGUCGGUUCUGUUACAAUGCGUGUUCUAGCAAUGCGAAUUGGCUAUAAUGUGACUAAAGAAUACGGGAGCGCUAUUUCUAAAAUGCACAUGUGUGUUGGUUACGAAGCGAUUCGAUCGGGUGCACAGAAUACACGUCGACAUCUCCCGUCACGUUAACAUGACAUGAUUGUUUUGCGAGCUUUGUCCUGAGCAUGUGCAGUGUUAGUGCUGAAAAGAGUCUCCCCGCCAGCAUCACAUGAUCAUUUCGCAGAUUUUGGCGCGAAGCACUUACUGUGAGGGGUACGGUACUCCGUGAUAUUUGUUUUAUUUUUGCAAAUUCUGCUGUGUUACCCACAAAAAUGCGAGGACAAAGUGACAAGAAUGUUAGCAGGAAGCGUCCUGGUGAUAAAAUUGCAGGUGGUGAACGUAAGAGAAAGGCUAUAACACUGGAAGAGAAGCUAGAUGUUAUAAAGCGUUUUGAGCGUAAUGAGAGAACAUGCGAUAUAGUUCGUGUAACAGGAAUAAAGGAGUCCACCUUACGCACCAUUAGAGACAAUGCCGAAAAAAUCAAAGCAAGUUAUAUUGCUGGAACAAGUCUGAGCGCUAGCAAAUCUAUGAGGUCACGGACAAAGGAGCUUGAGGAGAUGGAGCGCCUUCUAAGUGUAUGGAUAGAAGAUCAAAUGAAAAAGCAAUCUGGGACCACUUUUCUCAGCAUAAAAGAGAAAGCCUUAUCAAUUUAUGAAGAUUUAACAAAAAAAGCUGAAAAUCCUGCAGAUGUGCCUGCAUUUAGUGCUAGCAGUGGCUGGUUUGCUGGUUUUAAGAACCGCUAUGCUUUUCAUAACAUAAAGUUAUGUGGCAAAGCUGCCAAUGCAGACGCGGAGCAUGCAAUGGCAUUUCCUGCCAUAGUAAAAUUAAUUGACGAAGAAGGCCACUGUGAAGAUCUCUCUACAGCUGAUCUACAACAACUUGUCGCUGAGCGGGAAGUGGAAGCUGGAGAUGAAGUUGAAGUAGUUCAGGAUGCAGCACCACAAGAGCUUUCCACUUCUGUUUUGUCUUCAAUCCUGAGGGAAAUUCAGAAACAGUUGCGACUCUUAGAGGAUACCGAUUAUAAUGCAGAACGCAGCAGGGUUGCAGUUCGUGGAAUAAGGUCUUAUUUGGCACCCUAUGAAAAGCUUCUUCAUGAACAGAGAGAAAGGGCAAACCAACAAAAACUGAAUGUCUUUUCUAAGCCAACCCCCAAGAAACAGUUGGAAAGCAAUGAACCACAGUCGUCCACUUCUGGAUUAACUAUUUUUCACCCUAAACCUGCAACCACAACUGCACCUGAAAGUGGUGACGAUGAUGACCCUCAGUCCCUGCAUUAACAACAGAGCAACCUCAAAACCUCCUCCCCUGUCAAGUCAACUUAAUGUGUUGUCAAGGUUCAGCUCCAAAGUUCUUUUUGUGCUGAUAUACCUGUGUACCUUUGCAGCUUGUGAUGACGUUGUUCAGCCAACAGGACCAUCCGUUUACUUCUCCGCUGGGAAUCCUCUGGAGCAUCUGAAAUAAAUAGAUCAAUUACAGACAUCCUGUUGGUGGCAACUUUGACUGGAUCUUUCCUUGAGUUACACAUAGGAGGAAAUUUCCAAAUAGAUGGAAAAUUGUGGCUUAACUUCUUCCUCCCCCCUUGCAUUGGCAGAGAUGCACAAGACGCAGUCUAUGGAAGAAAUGGUUAUGAUUAUGGAGUCUAUCGUUUACGGGUGGAAUUCCAGAGAGGCAGAGGAGUUGGCGGAGUCGGCGGUGGAUCUAGAGGAAGACCAGGACCAGCUGCCCGCAGAUCAGAUUUCAGGGUCAUUGUCUCUGGUGCGUUUUUGUUUCCGUUUCAUGUUUGACAGCCAAUGUUUUUGCUAUAAACCUGAAUACUUGGAAGGUCGUUCAGUGUAGAAUGUCCAUGUAAAGCUAGAGUGUCCAUAUGAUGGCCCACAACUUCUGGCGAUUGAACCCACAAAGUCCAAUCAACUUGGUUUCAGUUUAGUAUUGCAUAUUCCAUACUAUUUAAAUUUUAUGAUCUUGGAGAUUUAGAAAAGGUGCAUUUGGCAAUAAACGCUAAAUGAAAAUGUCAACAUCAAUUAACCGGAAUAUUCAUUUAACCUUUAUAUUGGACAGCGAGGAACCGUGUGUGCGCCAUGACCUAAGUUUGGACCUAAAGCUUUGGACACUCCUGGUAUCAAGCAACUUCAUAUGUUUAAGGAUGAAGAUCAUUAACGAAUGCAGCUUCAUACAUGGGUUUAUGUACUGAUACUUAUUCUGCUACAGAACUAAAGUGCACAGUAUAACAAGUGCAUUAUGUCACUUUACCUGGACAUCUUCAGAACAGGAUUUUAAAAAUUGUGCCGGCCGUUUACAUAUUUUUGUUUUAAAUCUUGCAUCUUAAAUGUGAUCAAAAAUAUAUGGUUUAAAUUUAAUAUGAGAACAUGCAUCUGAGGUCCAUGUGUUCCUGUCACACUGAUCGAAGUGAAUGCUGGAAUGGGACAGUUUCUUUCUGGAUUCCAUCUUCAAAGAUUCUACUUAAUUUUGCCUGUCACAGAUCACUAAUUGUCCUGAUGUGAUGAUAUUCAGCAGCCUGCAUCCUGCCCUCUCUGAUUUAAACCCAGUGGGUGUCUCUCACUUGUAGAACUAGCAGUUUAUUUUUCUUCUUGUCGUUACAUUCUUGUGUAUUUUGUUUUUACUCCAUCUAACAUGUCAGCCCUGUUAAAGAAAUUAGAACCAAGAGAUUAAAAACCAAAUUGUGUUAGUGAAACAUGAUCUGUAGUGCAUUUAUAGCAGAACCGACUGUAAUGUAUUAUCUUAAACUUUCCUGUUCUUGCAAUUUAAAAAAAAUUUCCUUCAGGUUUGUGUCAUUGGUAAAAUCAACUUAUGGUUCAGCUACCUAUUUUGAUUUUAUAUACAUGCAUAUGCUAUAAAGUGCCUACUCAAAAGAUAAUAAGUUUGCAUUGAGCUUUAUUGGAACGCAGCUGCAGACAAAGCACCGUGAGAGAGCAAAAUGUUGCACUGGUAGGUCACCAGUCAAAUCAAGCUGUUUUGAAUCAUAAUCGCCCUUUCUGAUGUAAAACAGACCACAAUGUGAGCAGUGGUUACAGUAUACUAUAUUGAAAGGAGUACGAGUAAAUUGCUCUUUCACCUGGAAGGGAUGUUUGGGCAGAGAAGGGAGGAGGUGAACGGCAGGUGUUUUAUGUACCUGCACUCACAUGGCAAGCUGCUGUGAGAAGUGGAGGAGUGGACCAGGGUGCUGUGGAGAAAACUAUCCCUUUGGAAUGCUGACCGGGAAAGAUAUUUGGUGUAACAUCACACCAGAAAUGGCAGAGAACAAUCUUGGGAAUGAGCAUUUGUAGAUAUGAUGAAAGUGAGGGCAAAGGGAACUUUAUUAUUGUUCCGGGAAGAAGUUCCUAGGUUUGUUCUUUGGUCUUUUGUCAUUUAGUUUCUCUUCUACUGCUGUGAAGUACCAUCCCUGGUUGCUUUGGACCUGGGAACACAAACAGAAGUGCUAACAACUUAGCCGUUGUUGACACUACCCUAUUUAUUUCCUUUAUCAAAUUAUCCUCCAGUCUUUUGAACCUCAGGGAACACAAGCAUAGUUUGUGUAAUAUCUCCUCAGAAUUUAAGCCUUGGAGUCCAAGGUUAUUCCGGUAAUGCCUCUGUGGUGCUCCUUCCUAAGAUGUGUCUGGGAGAGGGAUAAUGGGAACUGCAGAUGUUGGAGAAUCCAAGAUAACGAAGUGUGAAGCUGGAUGAACACAGCAGGCCAAGCAGCAUCUCAGGAUCACAAAAGCUGACGUUUCGGGCCUAGACCCUUCUGGAAUGGCUUGUGGUACUCCAGGUGUUGUACAACCAGGACUUUGUAUCGUUG